GAGAGAAAGCAACAUGGAUGUCCCGGUGAGUAAGAAGCGUGGCCUCGAACAUUUGGACGAAUAUGAACCGACACCGGCCAAACACCUCCGGAGCCUCCACGACCGCAUGUCCGACCGGAGGCUGGUGGUGAUCCUGGAGGGAGCCUCUCUGGAGACCGUGAAGAUGGGAAAAACCUUUGAGCUGUUGAACUGUGACCAGCACAAAAACAUGAUCGUUAAAAGUGGCAGAAAUCCAGGAGACAUCAGACCAGACAUCACACAUCAGUGUCUGCUCAUGUUGAUGGACAGUCCUCUGAACAGGGCCGGUCUGCUGCAGGUUUACAUCCACACAGAGAAAAACGCCUUGAUAGAGAUCAACCCUCAGACCCGCAUCCCAAGAACCUUCACCCGCUUCUGUGGCCUCAUAGUUCAGCUGCUGCACAAGCUGAGUGUCAGAGCGGCUGAUGGUCCACAGAAGCUCCUGAGGAUGAUUAAAAACCCGGUGUCUGACCACCUGCCUCCCGGCUGCCCUCGCAUCUGCACCUCCUUCUCUUCAGGCGAGGCCGUCUGCCCCCGGACCCUGGUGCCCGAGGGACCAUGUGCAAUUGUGAUCGGAGCGUUUGCACACGGAGCGGCGAAGGCGGACUACACAGACAAGAGCGUGUCCAUCAGUAACUACCCGCUCUCUGCGGCGCUGACCUGUGCCAAGAUGUGCUCGGCCUUCGAGGAGGUGUGGGGCGUCCUGUGAAAAACAGUUCAUGGACUACUGAUGAGACAGAAUGUGGACAUUUAUUUCCAGUGGACUAAGAGUGGACAUGAUGGCAUCGAAGGUCUGUCUCACCGGAGAGGCCACGUGGACGACAGACAUACAUUCAGUUUGGUGUACACGAACAAUGUGUAAUAUACCGUACAUCAACGUUUGUACCCAAUUCUCCCUUUCAAUGAUUUUGUACCCUUAUCUGUUGUAGCAACCGAUUCCUGGAGCUAUGGCUUUAAAUACAGUUCCAUUAAACUUUA